GAUAUGAGUAAUGAAGGACAGUAUUCUGAAUUUUGGAAUCGUGAUGAUGAAGCGAGUUGUUCGGAGGAAGACAUUUCUGACUCCGAUGAUGGCAUUGAUGUUAGGAAGAGCUCAACUAUCUCAAAAUUCAAAUCAGGAGUAAAAGACAAAAUUGAUUUCUGGGAGCAUGCUGAGGAAAACUACAACCAGAAGCAAGGCUUAGAUAGAAAGAUGAAUAAAGUGGACAAGAAUGAAGUAUCGGAAGAGCUGAGAGAAACUAGCAAGCAAAGAUUGUUCAAAGCCUUGAGGCUGGCUCAGCAACGUCUUGGCUCUUUAAUGAAUGAAAUUGAAGAGUCGGCUUCUUCCCUUGAGAACGACUGCUACAAAAAAUAUGGAAAGAGCAGGAAGUCAUUUUAUCUUUCCCAAGUGGCAAACACUGUAAGGUGGCUCUCAACAACCAAUUCUACAGAUCUGACAAAUCGGCUCAGAAUCAGUGAUGACUCGCCUUCAGAGAAUAUGCCACCUAAACAAGAACCUUCAGGCUCAGCUCCAUCUUCAGUCAACCAGGUAAUAAUGGAGGCCAUAAAUGAAGAAGGUCCUAGUGUCAUCAGUUCUACUUGUGUUUCCUCGGUGCAAAGUUCUACUACUACUGCUGCAAGUCUGCCAGCAAUUCCUUCCUUCUCUGAGUUUAUGAAAAGCAGGAAGGCAAAGGAUAGAGCAGUUGAUAAAUUGCCGGAGACAGCUGAGAAGAAUAUAGAGAAAAGAAUGAGGUUGCAGUAGGAUCUCUGUUCUUGAAUUUUGCUCAUAUCAAUUGCCUCCUUCUUGAGCUUAGAAGCAUUUGCUAUCAACUAUAUGGCAAUUCUGUUUAUUGAAUUAUACGUACGGUUUGAUUGCCAAAACUGUCAUUAUGUGAGGAAACCUCAUUUUGUCCGCGGUUCCA